AUGGCGUUCCUUUUCGGAAAGAAGAAAUCCCACGAGCGCUCUGUAGCCAGUCGCGAAGGCCACCACACACCAACACACCCUCCUGUCUCUCGCAACCAGAAUGAGAAAUCUGGCUUACAGCACCGCGGUACACCGACUGGGAGCUUGACCUCGCUGGACAACGAUGGCGCAAACAAUAGCCCUGAUCGGGGUCAUCCUCGCCGAGGAGCCAGCGUUGACCAGAUUCUCCCAAGUGAAAACCCCCUUUCCCAGCCUAGAAAUGGCAACUCGCCGGCUAAUAAUGUGAAUGCCUCAUUAUACCCGUGGUCUCAGCGCAGACUUACAUACACAGCCGGACACACGAGCCCUUUCCCUCGAUAUGGCGCUGCCGUCAACUCGAUUUCCUCCAAAGAGGGCGACGUAUAUAUGAUGGGUGGUUUGAUCAAUAGCUCAACCGUCAAGGGUGAUCUGUGGCUCAUCGAGGCUGGUGGUAGCAUGUCUUGCUACCCACUGGCCACCACCGCAGAAGGACCUGGCCCCAGAGUUGGUCACGCGAGCUUGCUUGUCGGGAACGCUUUUAUUGUUUAUGGUGGUGACACGAAAAUCGACGAGUCUGAUGUCUUAGACGAGACCUUGUAUUUGCUGAACACAUCAACGAGACAAUGGUCUCGCGCCCUACCAGCUGGUCCCCGUCCUGCUGGUAGAUAUGGCCACUCUCUCAAUAUCUUGGGUUCUAAGAUUUUUAUCUUUGGUGGUCAAGUCGAGGACUGCUUUAUGAACGAUCUUUCGGCCUUCGAUCUUAAUCAGCUGCAGAUGCCCACUAACCGUUGGGAGAUCCUCGUCCAAGGGGAUACCUCCCCGAAAAUGCCCGCUCCGAGAACAAACCACUCUAUGAUCACCUACAAUGAUAAGCUCUACUUAUUUGGUGGAACCAAUGGCUUCCAGUGGUUCAACGACGUGUGGUGUUACGAUGCAGCAACCAAUAAAUGGAUGCAGCUCGACUGCAUUGGUUAUAUCCCAGCGCCUCGUGAAGGGCAUGCGGCCGCUCUUGUCGAUGAUGUAAUGUAUAUAUUUGGUGGUCGAACCGAAGAAGGGACAGACCUAGGCGACCUGGCUGCUUUCCGCAUCUCAUCUCGCCGAUGGUAUACGUUCCAAAACAUGGGUCCAUCCCCUUCGCCUCGCUCGGGCCAUAGCAUGACAACAGUUGGAAAGUCUAUCGUGACGAUUGGAGGGGAGCCAAGCUCGGCUGCUACCGCCGUUAAUGACCUUGGCAUUAUCUACAUGCUGGAUACUACCAAAAUCAGAUACCCUCCCGACUCGCAGCAGGGUCAGCAAGGUCAGCAAGGGCCUCAGAGGGUUCCUCAAGGCCAGAGACGCCCGAGCUUGAUGGAGGGCCCAAACGGUGCUCGUUCGAGCCCAGUUCGCGACGGUUCAGUUGGACCGACGGACCAGAGACGAGCGUUGGGUGCCCCGCCGGCUGCAGCUGGUAACGUCCCAAAUGGUCAUCGAUCCCCUCCCGAUGAUGCUGAUAGUCCCAACGGCACACCUGUAAAUGCUCCUGGAUCCAAGCCACCUCGUGGUGCCCCGGCUUUAGCUGGACCGCCGCCAUCAGGGCCUACACCUGCUCGACCAUCAGUCGACAACGCACGAGGCCCGGGGCCAUCGGCAAACACAUCGCCACAAGCAUCUGCCACUCGUGAUGGUGUAGAGAUGGAAACGGUGACAGUCAAUGGCCGGCGAACACCAGUUCAGAACCAAAAUCAAAACCAGACCCAACCGGUGCACCCUCCGCGGUCAAAUUCCAAGCAAGGAACUCCAGACUGGGAUGGAACUAGGGGUAAUACCUCAAGCAGGCAAGGACGUACAAAGGGUUCUAUUGAUAGCUCGUCAGAGAUACCCAAGAAUAUUGCCCCUCCUCCUACAACGACCCCACCGCCGCCCACUCGUCAGCUCAGCAACUCUCUAUCGAGGCGCUCUUCUGGCCGGAACUCCCAGACCGUUGUAUUGUUGAAAGAGCUUGAUUCUGCCCGGAAUAGGAAUGCCUGGUAUGCAUCUGAGUUGGAAUUGGCAAGAAAGGCAGGCUAUGUCUCUUUGAAUUCGACUAGCCCUGUCUUGGAUAGCAGAAUGGCAGAGACCUUUGAUGACGACGACCGACCCUUGAUUGAGGCCCUGCUGGCUAUGCGAGCUGAACUUGCAUCAGUGCAAAAUGCUGUUGAUAAGCAAGCAUCAUUAGCUGCCAAGCAAGUAGCUGAAGCUGAGAAGCAGAGGGACUCGGCUAUCCAGGAAGCUGUCUAUGCCAAAGCAAAACUGGCUGCCCAAUCAAAGAACGGUGAAUCGACUUUUGCCUUGGCUGACAUCGACCGGGAUGACUUGGAAUUCCGGUCUGAGGAUUUCAGCAAGAAAUUUGCAUCCUCCUUGCAUAUACAGAAGGAUCUCCAAUCCCGUCUUGACGCCGCUCUAACAGAACUCGAGGCUGAGAAGAAAUCGCGUCAGCUUGCGGAUGACACGGUCAAUGCAGCCCAAAAAAGACUGGCAGGACUGGAGACUUACAAGCAACAAAAUUCCACUGAAGUUGAGCGCUUGAAGGCCGAGCUACACGCUGCCCAGCGAGAAGCCCGCGAGCUCUCGGUCGCUUCGACCCAGUCUCUUUCUGCACUGGAGCUUCUAAAGGUGGAAAAAGAGGAUUUGUUGCAGAAGUAUGAUGAACUCCAGGACGCGACUAAGGAUCACAACAGCACUUUCGAAACUCUUCGGGCUGCGAUUGCUGCUUCGGAUGAUCACAAGUCUCAUCUGCAAGCGAAGCUUGACGAGGAACGCUCUCAAAGAGAAAUGAUUGAGGAGAAGCUUAACAAUCUGAAGGCUGAACAUGAAGCUCGUGUGGCCGAGCUUGUGGCAACAACCCAACGACUUAAAGACGCUGAAGAACUUGCUGAAAAGCAUGCUAAUGAAGCUGAAACCCACAGGCAAGUCAUUUUGACUGGCCUUGACAAGAUUACUCUCCGAGACGAAUCAAAGGCUGGCAAGGCAGAUGCAGAGCAUGUCACUGCACUCCAGAAUCAACUCAAUGCGUCAAGCGCUCUGGCAAAGAAGUACCAAGAGGAGGUGGAUGCGACAGCAGACAAACUCCGCAGUGCUGAGGAGCGAAUUGCUGGGCUGGAGCAAUACCAGGAACAGUCUAGCCGUGAGGGCUUGAGCAUUCGAAGGCAGCUUCAAUCUGCACUUCGUGACGCUCAAUCACUGCAGGCUACGAAUGCUGAGCUCAAGAGCCAGCUUGAUGCUCAACAGCUGGAAACAAAUGCAAUGAACGUGCAGCAUAAUGCCCUCAAAGACAUCUUGGCCGAGCGAGGAGUGAGCCCGACCAGCGCGGGUCGGCCCCGAGGCCUGAGCGCGUCUCCAGAACAGGGACGCAUUCGCGAACUGGAGACGCAACUGGCCAGUGCAAAUGCAUCCCAUGACGAGACGAAGCUGAACUUCGCGAAGCAAGCACAAGAAUCCGAGACAGCGUACCGUGAAAAACUGGCGCAACUCGAAGGCGACUAUCAGUCGGCUGUCCACUAUGUCAAAGGCACUGAGAAGAUGCUGAAGCAGCUCAAGGACCAGCUGAACCGAUACAAGGCAGAAAAUGGUCAGCUCAAGACUGAAAUGGAAGCCCUGGAAGAUGAGAUGCAAACCAGCCGCCAGAAAUCGACUGCCUCGAGUGACUGGGAGACGGAGCGCUCCUUGCUUCACAAGAAGAUUGAGACUCUUGAGACAGACCUGCGCACUUCAGGCGAAAGCUUGCAAAAGCAGCUGGAGACUGUUAAGACGGAGCUCAGCGAGAACAAGCGCCAGCGAGACGAAGCUGUUCGAAGCAGCGAGGAUACUACAAAGAAGCUUGCUGCGCAACUCAAGACCAUCGAGCAGAUGCGUGCAGAAAAUACUCUUCUCGAGCAACGUGCCAAUGAUGCCGAACAGAAGGUGUCUAGACUCCUCGACCAAUUUGAACACUCGGUCGACACGUACCGACGCCAGAGCAGGCAAGAUGUGGGCGCUGGUGUAAAUGGAGCUGGACUGGGCCACGCACGAACAGAGAGCUCCGAGUUGGAGAGCGAGUACGGAGGUAAUAGCGAAGCCAGGAACAGCACCGCCCUGGACAACCUCGCGAGCGAGUUGGAAACGCUUCGAAGUCACUGGGAAGCUACCAACAAGAACUAUCGGCUGAGCAACAACUUUGACUUCGAGGCCCACACCGGGAAAAAGGACGAUGACGGUGGCCUCGGCUUGAGCGAGAGUCUGGCCGAUUGGAGAAAGAAAUUGGACAACGAGGAGCGUGCCAGUGCAGGAGAAAAGCCUCGACCUGUCUAA